GGUUUGCGUUCUAACAUUCCAACGUCCUGAGCUUUCCUUCCUUAUCUAUCUACAUACGCAUUUCCCCCUAAAAUGCCCCAAGUUCUCACGAUACACACAUAACGACCUUUUCCGUUUUCUUCAACUUUACCCGUCUGUUUCCAUCCCAUAUCGAAUUCCUGGGAGCCACGUGUUUCCUUACCCCUUGCUUCCACAACAAACAAACAUGACUAUGAACUCCGGCCGAGAACCAUUCAGUCCCCCUACAUCGCCGGCUGCUGAAGAAUAUGAGAGCGAGAUUUCCGAUAGCAAUUACGACCAUGAGGAGCUCUUGACUCCCAUGGACGGCUCCGAUGGUAAGGAAAGAGAUGAAUCUGGUUGUGAUGAGGAGUACGAUGACGAUGGGGCACGCACCCAAAGCGUGCCUUCCUCACCCCCAACUUCUGUCGAGACGCCGAGCAAAAAUGGUGAUCAUACACAUUCUGUACAUGUUUCAAGCCCCGUCGAUGGCUCUGAAAAUUAUCGAGCCCCUGAAGUGGAGACCGAAGAUGAAGAUGGAAACGAAAAUCGCCGAGAUUGCUUCCCUAAGGGAGAACGGUACGCAACCAGUGAAGAUACCUUUGUGCACAAGGGUAGAGCCUGGGAAUCCUCUUCUCAAUGGGAGGACGACGAGGGCGAGGCCUUACCGACUUCUUCACCACCAGCCAAUGUUCGGCAGUCACCGGCUUCAUCCCGGAAGUCUGCCCCUCCUCUUUCAUCACCCCUAUUUCCUUCACGUGCUCGGCAGAGUCAGGGCUCAGCCUCAGCCAAAUCUGCUCUUAGUCAUCGGUUGUAUACUCGACCAUCACCUGCAUCAAGAGCAUCUUCAGGGUCCUACGACCCUCGAGAACACGAGAGAAAGGCACCUCUUGUUCUUCUUCACAUCACAUUGCUUCUGCUCCCCGGCGCCGAGGAUAUUGUCCUUCAACAUAUCACCCCAACAACCUUUGAGCGUGGACUGUUAGUGGAACACCCCAGAGGUGAUUACAACUUAUUAGAAGAAAUGAUUUUAGACGGCUUAGGUCUGGAUGACGAUGAUUACCCUCUGGAAGAGACGGCCUCUAAGGCGGAAGAAGAGGACCCAAGCUGGGAGAAGGCCUUGAAUGUUCCUUCCACCCCCGGAAAGAAGCCAUGGCAACUACGGGUUUACGCCUCCAAUGGCCUCAUGACUCCUGGUGCGUGGAAGAGAGUUUGGUCAGAAAUGGAAAGGAUUGAUGUCGAGAUUUGGCCUCGUGGUUUCGACCGAACGAAUAAAUGGGGGGUUGGUCUUUCUUCUCCUUCAUCUGCUAUCGCUGUGGCUAUGGCCCGUAGUGGCAGUCUCAACGACAAAUCUGCUUCAGUUACUACUCCCAUCCCUCUCGAGCUCGGAUCGUUGACUUUCGUUGCGACGGACUUCAAUGAUAUCGAGGGUGAUUGCGAUGGCUUGUCAACCAACCGAAACACCCGCCGUGGAACUCACUCGAGCAAUAGUGGUGGCAUAUCUGAUCGAAAGAAAAGCAACCACAGCCACAAUAGUAGCAACAGUAGUAGCGGAACCCUCAGGCGUCUAUCCCAACCGGACGUGCCCGUGUCACUCGCCGCUAAAUUUUUGACGCCGAAGUCUUCCAGAAAGAGUAGGCGCCGUGCUCCACCCCGCCUUCCUAUAAUGGACCACUUUUCCGUCGAAAACGCCAAAUUUUACCUUAACAAGCUUACGGAUCCCAAGGCUGUAAAAAUCCUUGCAGGCAUCAAUAUUCUACUAUUCCUCUAUUUUACCCUAUUCAAAUCCUUCGUCGGCAUUGCGACAAAUUCCGUUUCAAUCAAUUGGUUUAAUCACGGCGAGGCUGAUCCAACAUGCUCUAUCGAAGACGACACUGUUCGGGUUGUUGGAGUCGAUAUGGACGAGCUGGAAUUGGAGGUUGACAUUGAGAUCCCCGAGGAUAUUGAGGAUGAGAACAAACAAAGCGAAGAUAAUGAGGGCAUGUUCGACUCAGAUAGUCUAGACUUCUUGGGAAAGGAGAAUGGCGAUGGUUUGUUGUCCAUUCACUACCACUUAGCCUUCGGGGACCCAGUCAGCGACGAGGCCGAGGGAUCAGCAGACUCAACUUCCGAUGACAAUUUAGUACCAGAUCACACAACUCCCACGGGUGAUGAAGUGCCCGAGGAAAAGGACGCACACCCCGCCGCGGAGGGCGACGAUCCAGCCAGGGACCCGGAGUUGUUCCAGACCUUGGGCGAUGGUGAAGCAGAAGAGAAGCCAUCGUCAUUCCCUUGGUCUCGUUGGGGAGAUGGGCUUAAGGACAAGUUGUCAUUCUAGUUGGUUGUGUUAGUCUCCUUGUCGGCAUGCAUGUUUCAGCGGUUGUUUCCUUUGUUUGAUCACGACAGCGCGAAAUGGAGUCUUAUGUUUUAACGCUAUGGAGGAGAUAUGGUGAUGAGUAAAAAUACGGAUGAUGGGGAUAUGGAGGAAGUAGAGUAGGUUGGGAUAUUGAUACCAGUAUGAUAAUACUGUAAUGAAGUGUGUCCUUUUGUUAUAUUAUGAUUAUUCCCCCCCUUUCAUUAAAUUUAUUUUCUCACUCCAGGAAGAUGUGGGCUAUGUACCCCAGAUCAUUUCCAAUAUUUCAUGUUAGAUAAGCCGGUUAGUAUUGAAAUGAUUUGCGGACGGGGAGAAUGGGUGUGAUGUGGUAAAUGCGAAUUGCAAAUUGAGAAUUAUGAAAUGCG